AUGACGAUUCCCAUCUACAUCGCCGGUGUUGCCGUUUUGGGGUUCUUCUUGUAUAAGUUGCUCUAUGGAACUGAUACACCGCACAUAAAAGGACUACCAGAAGUUCCCGGUCUUCCACUUUUCGGCAGCUUGUACGAGCUCGGUACGAACCACGCAAAAGUAGCGCAAGGAUGGGCGAAGAAGUACGGUCCCGUCUUCCAAGUAAGAAUGGGAAACAGGAGAAUCGUGUUCGCGAACUCGUUCGACUCCGUCCGCCAUCUCUGGAUCACAAACCAGUCCGCCAUGAUCUCUCGACCUAUGCUUCAUACUUUCCACAAAGUCGUGUCUUCAUCCCAAGGUUUCACCAUCGGUACUUCGCCAUGGGACGAGUCCUGUAAAAACCGUCGUAAGGCCGCUGCCACGGCACUCAACCGUCCCGCCGUACAGUCUUACAUGCCACUCAUCGACCUCGAGUCCACCGUCUCUAUAAAAGAACUAUUAAAUGACAGCAAGGGCGGAGAAAUCGAUCUUGAUCCGCGAGCAUACUGGCAGCGAUAUGCCCUGAACACGAGUCUGACGCUCAACUACGGAUACCGGAUAGACGGAAAUAAGGACGCGCCUCUGCUAAAAGAGAUUGUGGAUGUUGAGCGUGGUGUAGGAAACUUCAGGUCGACGAGCAACAACUGGCAAGACUAUGUGCCGCUCUUGAGACUUUUUCCUGCGCAAAGCAAUGAGGCGAUCAGCUUCCGGAAGAGGAGAGACGUGUAUAUGGACCGGCUACUCAAUACCCUGACAGAGAAGAUCGAGAAAGGUACAGAUAAGCCGUGUAUUACUGGAAAUAUCAUGAAGGACCCAGAAGCGAAGCUGAGCAGAGCCGAGAUCAAAUCUAUCUGCUUGACCAUGGUAUCAGCAGGUCUCGACACAGUACCAGGUAACCUCAUCAUGGGUAUCGCAUAUCUCGCAACACCAAAAGGCCAGAAAAUCCAGCAACGCGCAUACGAAGAGAUUAUGAAAGUCUACCCUAACAACGACGCAUGGGAACGCUGCCUCCAUGAAGAGAAGAUUCCGUACAUCACUGCUCUAUACAAGGAAAUCUUGCGAUACUGGACCGUUAUCCCAAUCUGCUUACCUAGGGUUUCAAUCAAGGAUAUCGAAUGGAACGGCGUCAAUAUCCCGGCAGGAACAACAUUCUAUAUGAACGCCUACGCCGCCGACUACGACGCAGAACACUUCAAGAACCCAGAGGAGUUCGAUCCGGAGCGCUACCUAGACGUUCCGGAUGGCGCUGGAACACCGCAUUACGGAUAUGGUGCUGGCUCACGCAUGUGUGUUGGCUCGCAUCUCGCCAACCGCGAGCUUUUUACUGCUUUCGUAAGAUUGAUCUCGGCUUUCAAGUUUACUCCACCGGUAGACCCGCGGGAUGAACCCAUCAUGGACUGCUUAGAGGCACAGGCUAUCCCAACCAGUCUGACACUCGAGCCAAAGUACUUCAAAGUCGGGUUCAAGCCAAGGAACAGGACGCUGCUAGACCAGUGGAUUAAGGAGAGUGAAGAGCGGACGAAAGAUUUGAUGUAG